AUAUUUAUAGAUCGUAAGGGUGUUGUUAGUUUUCAAUAAUAAAUGUUUUAAAAUGGAGGAGACAAAAGUUAUUUAUUAUAUAGAUGAUGAGGAGACGCCGUAUCUGGUCAAAAUACCGAUAUCGCCUGAAAAAGUGACAUUGUUGGAUUUUAAGAAUCAAUUGAAUAGACCGAAUUACAAGUUUUUUUUCAAAUCAAUGGACGAUGACUUCGGUGUUGUUAAAGAAGAAAUAGUCGAUGAUAACGCUCAUUUGCCGUGUUUUAAUGGUCGUGUAGUGUCGUGGUUAGUGUCUGCCGAGGGUUCCAAUCCUUCAGACGGUGCUUCACAGUGUACCGACAGCAAUGCUGGUAAAACGAAACAAAACAUCCACGGAGCACCGACGGUGCCUCUCACGAGGGACACCUGCACGGACACGGAUAGUACGAUAAGCUCCCGACCAGGUCACAGGGCUUCGUGUGACAAAUAUAAAUACAGAGGUCUACGGAUAAAUGGUCAUUCAAAGUAUGGUAACCAUGGUCUCGAAUACGAGACGGCUUCCGUUCUCAGCUCGGACUUGGACUCCACGAGCUUAUUCGAUAGUCAAUCGGAGAUUACGACCACUACGGGAAGGCAUACGAACGCGUCAGUUGAUAGGGCUCUCACAGAAUGCAGUAGCGUGUCACAUUUACAAGUCAGUUCGAGGAAAAGACCACAAAGGAGACGGAAGAGGCCCCAAGUUAUGUCAAGAACGUCCUCCUACUCCUCGAUAACGGACUCCACGAUGUCAAUGCACAUAAUAACGGUUACAUUGAACAUGGACACAGUGAACUUUCUCGGGAUUUCCAUUGUGGGGCAAUCGAAUAAAGGUGGUGAUGGGGGUAUAUAUGUCGGGAGUAUAAUGAAAGGUGGUGCAGUGGCUUUGGACGGGCGUAUUGAACCUGGGGACAUGAUAUUACAGGUGAACGAUGUCAACUUCGAAGACAUGACAAAUGACGAGGCAGUGAGAGUCCUGCGCGAGGUGGUGCAGAAGCCGGGCCCUAUCAAACUGGUCGUUGCCAAGUGUUGGGAUCCUAAUCCCAAGGGUUAUUUUACCAUACCACGGACAGAACCCGUGAGACCCAUCGAUCCUGGUGCCUGGGUGGCUCACACGCAAGCGCUACGAGAGGCAUAUCCUCCUCCCCCUCUGUCUACACUCCCCGCUGCUUCCAUCCCCGAGCGGGCCUCCGACGCGGGUUCAUUACCUUCGGAACCUCAAUUGUCUGUUGGAAUGGAUAUGGCUUUAGUCGUGAGAGCGAUGCUAAGGCCUGAUUCCGGCUUAGAAAUACGUGACCGGAUGUGGUUGAAGAUAACCAUACCGAACGCCUUCAUCGGUGCCGACGUCGUCGACUGGAUACUGCAGCACGUAGCCGGCAUCGCCGACAGGCGCGACGCCAGGAAAUACGCAUCGCAUAUGCUCAAGGCUGGUUUCAUCCGCCACACGGUGAACAAGAUAACGUUCAGCGAGCAGUGCUACUACGUGGCGGGCGAGCUGUGCGCCGACCUCGCCGCCCUGCGCCUGCGCAGCGCCGACCAGGACAGCCUCGCGUCCGACACGCUCGCGCCGCUGCCCAACCCGAACAUGAUGGGUCCCGGAUACAUGCCGUACGCGGGCUCGUACGGCUACCAGCCGAUACCCUUCAAGUACUCCUCCUGCGUGACCAGCGAGCAUACUAUAUAUGGAUAUAAUCGUGAAGAGAGCGUGCUGUCGGGUAGCGGAGGAUCGAGUGCCGGUUCAGAUCAUCUUACCGCAAAAGAACCAACCGCAGCGACCCGCGAGAACGAAGUGAAGUCGACGUCGAGCGGGUCGGGCGCCAGCGUCGUCGCGGACGGCGGCGGCGGCGGCACGCGGCGCUCGCACUCGCACUCCAGCGGCUCCGACCGCGCCAACGACCGCCCCGUGCUGUUCCUGUAACGGACAAAGUUCUGAAGCGUCCGCCACUGCCAAAUAAUUAUAGGAAUUUACGUACGUAUUAAAUGUUAUGAACAAUACUAUACAUUGUAUUAUAAUUAUUAUUAGUAAUGUCAUCGAACGGAUGUGAACACCAUGUAUCGGACCAGCUACGGUCCAUGGCAACGAUCAUGGACCGACCGAGGACCAUCGAGCGACGAUGGGUCGCGUUAUGCAUUAGUAACGAUCAACGUUUUAAUUUAUU